AGCCACAGAUUGUCUAAUUAGAUUAAGCGAGGCUUUCCUCAGAUAAUCAUUUAGCCAGCUCCUGUGUUUUUUCCUCCAGUGGAGCAUCGCCUCUGACUGUGAGCUUGCUGAAGGUCAAAGUGAAUUUUUCCUCAAUAACAGGCUGCUUUUUGGAGGGGAUAGUGGUCUUGGAGCAGGACUUGGAGCAGGUCCGGGUGCAGACCGUGGCUGGGUUAUGGGCUGUUUCUGGAGCUGUGUGUGUGACGCUGCUCAGAGUAAUCGGACUGCUGCUAAUACCUGCUGCUGCUGCUGCUGAUGAUGAUGAUGAUGAUGAUAACAGGAGGCGAUGGGGGAAGUUUCUUCACAGAGUCACUGUAAGGCCACUUCUGCACCUCAGGCCCACCACUGAGUCUGUGUUAGUCAGCAAGGCCCGUGUCCACGUCCCCGAGGAUCAGACAUGGCCAAUAACUCUUUCCGUGGGUCCAAACACGGCCGCCGUGAUGAGGCCAACCACGAGGCAGAGUUCAGCUGCUCACUGCAGGAGCUGCGCUCGCUCAUGGAGCUGAGAGGACCAGAGGCUCUGAACAGGAUCCAGAAAAGUUAUGGAGACGUUAAUGGACUGUGCGCCAGACUGAGAACGUCACCCGUCGAAGGUUUAGAUGGAAGCUCGGCGGACAUCGACAGAAGGAAAAGGGAUUUUGGAGAUAACACCAUCCCUCCUAAAAAGCCAAAAACCUUUUUACAGUUAGUGUGGGAGGCCCUGCAGGACGUCACACUCAUCAUCCUGGAGGUGGCAGCCAUCAUUUCACUAGGCCUUUCUUUCUACAGACCUCCUGAUGCGGAGAGACAGCACUGUGGCAGAGCGGCUGGCGGCGUGGAGGAUGAGGGUGAGGCGGAGGCCGGCUGGAUCGAAGGCGCUGCCAUCCUGCUGUCUGUGGUGUGCGUGGUCCUGGUGACGGCCUUCAACGACUGGAGCAAGGAGAAGCAGUUCCGUGGCCUCCAGAGCCGCAUCGAGCAGGAGCAGAAGUUCACCGUGGUCCGGGGGGGGCAGGUGGUCCAGAUCAAUGUGACCGAGAUUGUGGUCGGAGACAUUGCACAAGUCAAAUAUGGUGACCUCCUCCCUGCUGAUGGCAUUCUAAUACAGAGCAAUGAUCUGAAGAUCGACGAGAGUGCUCUGACUGGAGAGUCUGAUCAUGUCAAGAAGAGUGUCACAGAGGACAUCAUGAUGCUUUCAGGUACCCAUGUGAUGGAGGGCUCGGGUAAGAUGUUGGUCACAGGUGUCGGUGUGAACUCUCAGACGGGCAUCAUCUUCACACUGCUCGGUGCCAGUGAGGAAGGCGAUAGUGAUGCAGAGGAAAAGGCCGAGAAGGAGAAGAAGAAGAAGAGAGAGAAAGAGAAGAAGAAAGAGGAGCGGAAAAAGAAAGAGAAGAAGGACAAGAAAAGUAAGAAAGACGACAAAGGCAAGAAAGGGAAAAAGAAGGACGGAGCCAAUGUGGAGUUGCAGCCACUCAACGAAGAUGAGGAGCCAGACAAGAAGAAAAACCUGCCAAAAAAGGAGAAGUCUGUCCUCCAGGGGAAGCUGACAAAACUGGCUGUGCAGAUUGGAAAAGCGGGUCUGUUGAUGUCGACUCUCACCGUCAUCAUCCUCAUCACCCGCUUCCUGAUCGAUACCUUCUGGAUUCAGGGAGUUCCCUGGGCCAGCGAGUGUGCGCCCAUCUACGUGCAGUUUUUGGUCAAGUUCUUCAUCAUCGGUGUGACGGUUCUGGUGGUGGCCGUGCCUGAAGGUCUCCCUCUGGCUGUUACCAUCUCCUUGGCAUAUUCAGUCAAGAAAAUGAUGAAGGACAACAACUUAGUCCGCCACCUGGACGCCUGUGAGACGAUGGGCAACGCCACAGCCAUCUGCUCUGACAAGACAGGCACACUCACCAUGAACCGCAUGACAGUGGUGCAGGCCUACAUUGCAGGAUGCUUCUACAAAGAGGUGCCAGAGCCGAGCAAGAUCCCUGCCAAGAUACUGGACCUGCUCAUCCUGGGCAUUGGGGUCAACUGCGCCUACACCACAAAGAUCAUGCCUCCAGAGAAGGAGGGCGGGCUACCUCGCCAGGUGGGAAACAAGACUGAAUGUGCCUUACUGGGAUUUUCCCUGGACCUGCGCAGAGACUACCAGACCAUUCGCAAUGAAACCCCAGAGGAGAAGCUGUUCAAGGUCUACACCUUCAACUCUGCCAGGAAGUCCAUGAGUACUGUGCUGAAGAAUCAUGAUGGCAGCUACCGAAUGUUCAGCAAGGGGGCCUCUGAAAUCUUACUCAAGAAGUGCUGUAAGAUCCUGAUAGCUACUGGUGAACCUAAAGACCUCAAACCUCGGGACCGAGACCACUUGGUGAAGAAGGUGAUUGAGCCAAUGGCUUCAGAGGGCCUAAGGACCAUCUGUCUCGCAUACAGAGAUUUUCCCACCACUGAUGGAGAGCCUGACUGGGACAAUGAGAGCCACAUUCUCAGUGGCCUCACUUGCAUUGCAGUGGUUGGCAUUGAAGACCCUGUGCGACCUGAGGUACCAGAAGCCAUCAGAAAGUGCCAGCGGGCUGGGAUCACAGUCCGCAUGGUGACCGGAGACAACAUCAACACUGCACGGGCCAUUGCCAUCAAAUGUGGCAUUCUGCAACCUGGAGACGAUUUUGUGUGUAUGGAGGGCAAAGAGUUCAAUCGACAGAUCCGGGAUGAGCUGGGAGAGAUUCAACAGGAACGCAUUGACAAGAUUUGGCCAAAGCUGAGAGUCCUCGCCAGAUCAUCGCCAACGGACAAACACACUCUGGUCAAAGGCAUCAUUGACAGCACGGUGCUGGAGAAGAGGCAGGUUGUUGCAGUCACUGGAGAUGGAACAAAUGACGGGCCUGCCCUCAAGAAAGCAGAUGUUGGCUUUGCCAUGGGCAUCGCAGGAACAGAUGUGGCAAAGGAGGCAUCGGACAUCAUUCUGACAGAUGACAACUUCAGCAGCAUCGUGAAGGCCGUGAUGUGGGGCAGGAACGUUUACGACAGCAUCUCCAAAUUCCUGCAGUUCCAACUCACCGUCAAUGUUGUCGCAGUCAUCGUGGCCUUCACUGGUGCCUGCAUCACGCAGGACUCUCCUCUAAAGGCUGUGCAGAUGUUGUGGGUCAACCUCAUCAUGGACACCUUCGCUUCCCUGGCCCUCGCCACUGAGCCCCCGACCGAGGCGCUGCUGCUCAGGAACCCUUAUGGACGAAAGAAACCACUCAUCUCCCGCACCAUGAUGAAGAACAUCUUAGGACACGCCGUUUACCAGCUGACCCUAAUCUUCAUCCUGCUGUUUCUUGGUGAGACUUUGUUUGACAUUGACAGCGGCAGGAACGCCCCCCUCCAUGCCCCGCCGUCCGAGCACUACACCAUCGUGUUCAACACGUUUGUCCUCCUGCAGAUCUUCAACGAGUUCAACGCUCGCAAGAUUCACGGGGAGAGGAACGUCUUCGAGGGCGUCUACAGGAACCCCAUCUUCUGCUCCAUCGUCGUGGGAACCCUGGUCAUACAGGUCGUCAUUGUGCAGUUUGGUGGCAAACCGUUUAGCUGCGUGAGUCUGUCCACCGACCAGUGGCUGUGGUGUGUUUUCCUGGGCCUGGGCAGCCUGCUGUGGGGACAGCUGGUGUCCAGUGUCCCCACCGCCUGGCUGAAGUUCCUGAAGACGGCCGGUCACGGCACGCAGCAGGAGGAAAUUCCUGAGGAGGAGCUGGAGGAGAUGAAGGACCUGGAUGCCAUCGAUCACGCUGAGAUGGAGCUGAGGAGAGGCCAGGUGCUCUGGUGCCGUGGCCUCAACCGCAUUCAGACUCAGAUCCGUGUGGUGAACGCCUUCAGAGACAGCAUGUCUCCCUACAAAGGUCUGGAGACUCCCGAGUCUCGCAGCUCCAUCCACAACUUCAUGAGUCACCCUGAGUUCUGCAUCGAGGACUUUGAACCUCAGAUCCCCUUGAUCGACGAGAACGAGGGCGAGGACGAGCCGCCCACCCAACGAAACUCCAUCAUUGUCCCCCAACCACUGACUGGACUGUCGCACCUUCCGCCGCUCCCGUCCACACCCAAUCAGAAUAACAAUGCUUUGGACCGCACCAUCCCUCUGCAUAAGGACGUCCCCAGGUCUGGCUUCAUCCCGCCCAACUCUGCAGGGCUGCCGCCAUGUCCGGGAAGCCCCCUCCACAGUCUGGAGACCUCACUGUCCGGGUCAAGUCGUUUCCUACAGAGAAGAACCAACAGCGGAAUGGAUUGUCGAACUAACAGCGAUAUAUUCUUUCUGACUGAGGAGAAGUUUGACUUCGAUGUCUGUCUGUCACCUGCCAGCUCCACAGGUGAUGAAGAUGAGGAUGAAGUGUUUAUGGGCCCUGUUACCCAUAAGGAGAAGUGUGUCUCCGUAAAUGAGACGUCUCAGGUUGAGGACAGUAAUAGUUGUGUGCAAAUGAGCUGGAGUCCGCUGGUCGGAGAUCAGCUGGACGCUGUGUGUCAGGAAGCUCACAGACUUGCCACCCAGCUGCAGAACAGCCGGCAGAAAAGUGAUGACGACGAGACCGCCAGCACAACCUCAGACAUCACGAACCACAAGGAAGAGUUUGUUCAGGAUGCAGAGGCCAAACUGGAUGUCAUUUGUCAGGCGGCUAGUGUACUCAGCCCCAUCAAACGCGAGACCUUCUGUGUGCAGGACAGUCCCAUGAAGCAGCUGCCGCCUGCUGUUCAGCGCCGUCUCCUGAGAGGAAGCAGCACCAAUGUAGCCUCAUCUAAUCGCUCUGCUGUAAUCAGCAAAGCACCAGCCACACGCCGCAGCAUGGCCACCACCACCAAUGCUACUGUAGCCACCCGUUCCUCUGCCAGACUCAGUACCUCCAGCCCUGUUGUUGUGGCCAAGACCCAGCCCAGGACAUCACUGCGAGGGAGGGCAUCGAUCAGUGUAGGUGUCGUACUGCCCAGCAAACCAACUGCCCCAACAACUUCCUGUUCAGCCAGCAAGACCAGAGUGGACAAAACCAGACUGCAACCACCCAGCAAGGUGGUGGCUGGGCGGAGGCGGAGCCCAAUGUCUCGUUCCACCAGCAGGACUGAGUCAUAUGAGGAUCUUCUCUCUGAUUCAACGAGCGUGGCCUCUGACCUAAGCGACUCCUCUCUCAACUCCAGCCUGGUGGGAAAACGCACACUGGGUCCACCUACUAAGAGUGCUUUAAGGAACCUGCCAGGUGUGAAAGCUCCGCCUCCUCAGAACAGGAGGAACACAUCCUCAUCCUCGUCUUCAAUGUCCAGCUUCAACUCCAGCUUGUCUGUGUCCCCUGCUAAAGGUAAACUGAACUCGUCUCUGAACCGAAGUGGCUCCACUUGCCCCGCCCCCAGCAGCAUCAGCAGGCCAGCCAGUCACAGCCGAACACGCCGCUCCAUCACCCACACCGUUGCAGAGCCAGUGCCCUCAAACCCUGGCCGCCGGUCUAUUUCCACCCAGGCCCGGAAGCUGUCAGAAACGGAGCGUCUCAAAACCAUCAAGUCUACGCCACUGAAGAGAGCUCAGACGACACAGCUCCAGGGGACGCCUGCAAAGAGAGUUAUGGAGAGGACCACCUCCGUUCCUCCCACCGCCUUAGUCCGCCCACAGAGUGCACUGAAGGCCAAACCCAAACCUGAGGCUCAGGUGGUACCAACGCCCAGUGGAGGAGUCAAAGGAGUCAGCCAAACCAAUAGUGUCUCAAGUAUGCUGAAGCCAAAGACACUGGUGUCAACAAACAGCAUGGACAGUCUUCCUCAGAGGUCCACUGCAGUCACUCUGACCCCCACUGCUGGAGGUGUCAGGUCACUGCAGAUGAAGCCUCGUCGUCCCUCCGCCCUACCCACCCCAGUGAGACACAAGAUGUCCUCCAUAGCUACGCCCAUGUCCACUAACCCGACCCGGUCCCAGAGGCCACCAUCCACCGCUGCUGAUAACGCUCCUGGUUCUGUCAGGAAGGAAAGCAGCUGCAGUAGCGUCUCCCCUGCACGCAUGGAGGAGGAGCAGGAGGAGGAGCCUGUUGAUGUCCCAGAAAUCCAGCCCUUCUCUCUGGAGGAGGAGCAGCCGCCCCCUGCUGCUCCAGUGUGCAUCACUCCAGAGCCAAAACAGUCAGAGGACACUGAUUCUGAAGCACCAAGCCAGGCACAGUCGGAGUCCACUAAAAACCUGAUCGAACUGGAAACAGCAGAGCAAACCAACAGCAAGGCACAAGAGGUUCUCCUGUUGGACCUUCCUGCUCCUGUUCUGCAGCCUCAAGAGAAGCUGCUCAUUGAUCUGACAAACACACCCGACUUGAUCCGCACCAGCGCCAAGAGCGGCACCGCAACUCAGCAGCUGAUUGACCUGAGCUCUCCGCUCAUCAAGUGGAGUCCAGAGGACAAGAGGGAGAACAACGCUCCUCUCAUCAACAUCUCCUUCUGAUCCAGGUUCAGAUCAAGACCUGGACCUGCCGCUCGUCUCUGCCGUGAACUGGAAUUAGCAGGGUUUCUGUCCUCCUAGGAACUUUUAAAGAGUAUUUUAUCAGUUAAGUCCUUACUGAAUCAGAGUGUUAUGGUUUAAAUUAUGAAAAUAUUCCAUGGUCGCAGAGGCUCCUCUGCACCUGAAUGUCAUUUUGAUUGUGUUUGUCUCGCUGCUCUUAUUGAUGUCUGAAUAAAUGUUGUUAAUGUCACUGUUGUAAAUGGCGAUGUUCCUGUGUUCAUGUGCAUUAAAUUCUUAAUAUCCA